AUGGAUCAUCAGGAUAUAGAAAUGGAUCAAAAUUAUGAUUUCAAUGACAAUUUCAAUGAUUUUUUACCUACAAAUUCUAACGGUACAAAUGAUUUCAAUAAUCAACCCAUUAAUACCCAUGAUGAAAAUUCAACAAAUAAUAUAAACAAUAAUGAUAACUCUAGUAUAACUUCAUCAUCAAAGACCCCCAUAUCAAAUGUCAAUACUCCAAUACCAGAAAACUCACCAUUAGAUGAUGGCUUUUCCACUGGUAAUUCAACACCAAAUCUAAUCUCAUCAUCAUCAUCUGCAAAAAAUACAAUAACAACAAAACCAAUCUCAUCUAAAAAGAUUUCCAAAAAACCAACUUCAAAAAAAUCAUCAAGAUUUAGACCAUGUGAUGGAUGUAGGAAAAGAAGAACAAAAUGUUCAAUACCAGAAGGUUCCAAAGUUUGUAUGGAAUGUUCCAAGAGACAAAUGGAUUGUAAAUUUGAAUUUACUACAAAUCAAUUAGUUUCAUCAAAUCCAAAAGAUUUACAACAACAUAAAACUUGUGAUAAUUGUAAUCAUAGAAGAACAACAUGUAUUAUACCAAGAAAUUCUAAAAAUUGUACAGAAUGUACUUUAAAGGAUCUUAUAUGUAAUUUUAGUGGUGGAUUAGAUACUAAUAAUGAUGCUAAAAUAAGAACAAAUAUACCUAUAAGAGAUUAUGAUAAUUAUCAAGGUCCAACUAUUAUGAAAAAGACAUUAUCAUUACAAGGUCCAAAAUCUUCCAAAAUUCUUGGUCCAACUUCAGUUAUUGAAAAAAAUUUAUUAAGUUUCAAUAAUAAUAAUUUAGGUAAUGGUAAUUCACAAGUAACAUCACCAGAAUCAACAUCAUCAACACAAUUUAUAAAUCAAGAACAAAUUAUAGUGGAUAGUUCUAUUAAAUUAAGGAAAAUUAAUAAUGAUUCAAUUUUUGAAAUUGUUAAUGAUAAUGAAGAAUCAAUAAAAUUAUCAUAUAAACAAGUUGAUGAAAUUGAAAAAAUUGUUUAUCCAUAUGGAUUAAAUUUAAUUAAUUUAUAUUUCAAAAUUGUUCAUCCAUUAUUACCAGUUAUUUGUAAACCUGUUUUCUUGGAAAAAUAUUCAAGAACUCAUAGAGAAUUUGAUCCAAUUUUACUUUGUGCAAUUUAUUUACAAGCUUUAAGUUGGUGGCAUAUUGAUGAUUUUUUAAAAACUAAACCAAAACCAAAUUUCCAUAAAUUAGAAAGAAUGCUUAGGGUACUUUAUGCAGAUAAUUUAACAAAUUUACCACCAAAAUUUACAACAUGUCAAGGUUUAAUCCUAUUAAUAAAUUAUGAUUUUAGAGAAAAUAAUUCUAAAAUUUUAUUAAGACAAAAUAAUGAUUGGAAAUUUAUAAGUCAAUUAAUCACAAUUUGUGAAGAAUUAGGAUUAAAUCAUAAUAGUGAAGAUUGGCAUACAAUUCCUAAUUGGGAAAGGAAAACAAGAAAAUUAUUAACUUGGUCAAUAAUAUUAAUGGAUAAAAUUUAUUCAUUAUUAGAAUUCCGUCCUUCAAGAAUAUCAUCAAAUAAUUGGAUUUUAAAUGAAAUUAAUUCUAGUGAUUUUAAAAUUAGUCAAGAAGAGGAAAUUUUUUUGGAAAAGACAAGUGAUCAUGAUAAUAAUUACAUUUUAAGUCAUUCAAUAAAAGGUUCAAAAGAUGAUGAUGAAAAUGAACAAUCAUUAUAUGGGAAUUUAAUCUUUGUUAAAAUGAUUCAUCUUUCUUAUCAUAUUAAUGAUACAUUAGAUGAAAUUUAUAAUUUGAAAAGUUUAAAAUUUGAUGAUUUUAAUAUAAUUUUAAAUAAAACUUCAAGAUUAUUAACAAAUUUAGAUCAUUGGUAUCAAAAUUUACCAGAACAAAUUAAAUCAAAUUCAUUAAUUAAACCAACUGGAGAAAUUUCAUCUGCUCCAUUAAAUUUAAUGGUUUUCACAUUAAAAUUCUUGAUUUAUAGAAGAAUUUUAAAUUAUAUAUUGGAAAAUCCUGAAACUUUAUCAUAUGAUGAAUUCUUGAUGAAAUUCAAAUUAAUUUUUAAGAAACUUUUCAAUGAAAUUCAAUUUUUCAAUAAUGGAUUCAUAAAUACAUUAACAGUGGAACAUUUUAGUAAUUGUUUUUGGUAUUCAAAUUCAACAAAAUCAUUUAUUUCAGUGGUUAUUGUUUUAUUAUUACAAAUUAAAAUUUCCCAACAUGAAUUAUACUUGGAUGAUGAAUUCAAUUUGGAUACUCUUAAUGCAGAAUUCAUUGAAUAUAGAGAAAAUUUGAAAACAAUAGCUAUGGAUUUCACUCCAGCAAGAUUAGCAUUAGAUCAUAUUGAUCAAUUUGUUAAAAUAGAGGAAGGUGAAGUUGUGUUUAUCUUGUGA